GAAACCAACCCCAACUCCCUGAGCUUUCCUCCUACGAGCCUGGGGGAGUGACUGCUACCUUUUAAAAGAAAAACAUGUUUCCGCAAGUCACUUCUAUCCUCUGACCCUGGUCACCUGCUCUAGCAUUUCUGGGAAAGUCUAAAAGUCACUGGAAGGACAGGAGAGCGCAUUGUAGGGACGGGUGGAAAGAGUAGCAGUCCAGAAUUCAUGGUGAAUCAGUCAGUAACAAGCAAAUGUGCCUAUACAAUGGAAGAGAAGCAGAAAGUGGACACAUUUUCCACUUCUAGCUUUCCAAAAACCUGUCAGAAAUGACGUCUGAUCCAUGCUAAUGGACGCCCUUGACCUCAUCAAAAUGGUGGAUUCAGAAGAAAGCCAGCUCUGCCCCGUUACUCCCUUGAAGGACUAUCAAGAUCCUCUUCCUUUAUCUUAAGAAAUUUUUCAAGAGAUGGAAAGUGUGAAAGAACUUUUACCGUCUCUAAGUGCGGAAAGCUCUGGAGCGUUAACUGACUUCCAGUUGCUGGGAAAUGGAUCGGACGGAUCUGUCCAUGCAGAUUCUCUCUCACCAGCAUCAAGCCCCUCAUCCGUGAAUCUUGCUGUUCUUCCAAAUAGCAAAGAUGAGCUCCCCAGUGUGGUCUUAAACAUUGAAUGUAGGAUCUGUGGCGAUAAAGCAUCAGGCUACCACUACGGGGUCCAUGCUUGUGAAGGUUGUAAGGGCUUUUUCAGGCGAACAAUCAGGCUAAAACUUAUUUAUGACCCGUGUGAUCGCAACUGCAAAAUCCAGAAAAAGAACCGCAACAAGUGCCAAUAUUGUCGUUUUCAGAAGUGCCUUUCUGUUGGAAUGUCUCAUAAUGCAAUCCGAUUUGGACGGAUGCCCAGGUCCGAGAAGGCAAAGCUGAAAGCUGAAAUUCAAACAGGUGAACUUUGUAUAGAAAAUUCCGAAGCCGCGGAUCUCAAAUCGCUUGCCAAGAGAAUUUAUGAAGCCUAUUUGAAAAACUUCAAUAUGACCAAGCUGAAAGCCAGGCUCAUACUUGUGGGGAAAGCCAAUAACAAUCCUCCGUUUGUCAUACACGACAUGGACACGCUGUGCACGGCCGAGAAGACGCUGGUGGCGAAGCUCGUGGCCAACGGCAUCCAGAACAAGGAGGCUGAGGUGAGGAUUUUCCACUGCUGCCAGUGCACCUCGGUUGAGGCUGUCACGGAGCUGACGGAGUUUGCCAAAUCCAUCCCGGGCUUCUGUAGCCUAGACUUGAACGACCAGGUGACUCUACUAAAAUAUGGGGUCUACGAAGCCAUCUUUGCCAUGCUGGCCUCCAUGAUGAACAAAGACGGGAUGCUUGUCGCGUAUGGAAAUGGUUUCAUAACGCGGGAGUUCCUCAAGAGUUUGAGGAAGCCUUUCUGUGACAUCAUGGAGCCCAAGUUCGACUUUGCAAUGAAAUUCAACGCCUUGGAAUUGGACGACAGCGACAUCUCUCUCUUUGUGGCUGCCAUCAUAUGUUGUGGAGAUCGGCCGGGCCUGGUAAACAUAGGACACAUUGAAAAGAUGCAGGAAAGCAUUGUGCACGUACUGAAACUUCACUUAGAAAACAACCAUCCAGAUGACAUCUUCCUGUUCCCCAAACUUCUCCAGAAAAUGGCAGAUCUCCGGCAGCUCGUCACAGAACACGCUCAGCUUGUCCAGAUAAUCAAAAAGACUGAAUCCGAUGCCCACUUGCAUCCUUUGCUACAGGAAAUUUACAAGGACAUGUAUUAGGGCGGCUUCCAUUUUGUGCCAUAGGAAGCGCAGCAGCAACGUGACCAGCCACUUUUCGGACAGCUGGUCUCCGCUGCGCUGCAGCUGGAGCCUUUGCGAUCCUGAAGUCUAGGUAACUGGAAUGUCCGUUUCCCUUGCAGGGGUUCAGUGAUUGAAAGAAACUGCAUGACGUGAAGAGAGGUGAUAAUAAGCUGUGAUUGAUUUGGAAUUUGGGCCGUGGUGGGAAUUUCGUCGUGCCACAACUUGACACAACUCAGAAAUAGAAUGCCUUCUGAUGUUUCUGCACUUUUAAGCAUUUGUCCCCUCCCUCUCCAUUAACGUGCAAAAGCUAGUCGUGCGGGCCAGGAUCCAAAGAGCCUCGGGGCGGGCAAUGGCCGGAAGGGCUCCGAGGUUGUGUUUCUUUCACCGUUUGCAGGAUGAACCAUACUUGAAACUCAGGGAUGUUUUGAAAGCGGAGAAGGUCAGAGGGUUGGCCAUUCAAGGGGGAAAGGGGGUAUAUACAUCUUUUAGAUGCAUCUAAAUUUGUUCUUGAGAUCAAUUGCAUUGGGUACUAGAUCAGUGACCAUAGAAGAGUUGGUUUUUUUUAAAAGUACUACUUUUUCUGGCUAAGGUUACAAUCCUGAAUAUGAUUCCCAGGAAGUACGUUCCAUAGCACCGUGUGAAGCCUCUACAAGAUUAGCUGUGUAGUAUUGAAGACUCCAGGUGAAACACCAGAGGGAUGAUGGAAUAGGAGAGUAAGGAUUUCCUCCUUCCUCCCACAGCCCCACCACCCCCUCAAAAUGUACUUCUGAGGGCUGGUGGGAGGGCAGAGUCUCGGGGGACAGCCAAACCGAAGGAGAAGUUGGAUUCCAUCCCCAAGCCAGAUCAUACGGACUUGGGAAUCUUGGUGGAAUUUGAGGUUCUUGUAUAGCAAGGGCUUCCUUUAUUACGAUAUGAAUCAAGCUGCAUGACUGAUAAUCCCGGCCUAAAAAUGCCUUAGUUAGGUAGACUAAGAUAGAGCUCAUAGCUUGGUCUCCAUCUUGGCUAUUAGCUUGAAUUUCUAACAUAACAAGAUCCAGUUGGAAUGGGAAUGGAUUGUCAUCCCGCAUUUAAGGAUGAAGAGUACCAUGUUUUGUGGAAGCAGUGUUGAGUACCAGCAAUGUUGAGUAUUGGCACACAAUUCGCACUGUGAUGUGGAACAGAAAUUGGGAGUUACUUAACGCUGUGGACAUUUAUUUCCCAGUUUGGUGGUGGCCGAAAUUCUCCUAAGAGGCUAGAAGUCUUUUUGAACCCUUAAGUGGCGGCUUGAUUAGUCUCCAGAUUUGUCUAAGCCAAAUUUUCCACUGAUGGUGUCUAGUGUAUUUUUAAGACAGUGGAUGUCGCAAGUACCAGCACAGACAGUGUUAGACUUUUAAGGCAUUUAGGUCCUUCAGAUAUACAUUAUAUUUAGUAAACAGGUAUCUUCUAAAACCAUAAUAUUUGAAAUCCUUUGUAUUCUUGAGGGUUGUUUACUCACCUUUCUUUGGUCAUCUGAACACACAUUCUGAAGAGGGGCUUGUGAUCUUUCGAUGUUGUAUACAGCUGUAGCUUUUGUUUGUUCAGAUUGUCCUACUGAGGCUUUGAUUUUGGAAAUAUCCCAAAUUUAUCUCCCUGGGAGCUCCGUCUUUUAAGAUCUUCCAAUAAUUUAUGUGUCAGUUUUUCUAGGCGGUACUUUUUUAAAACCCUGAUUUAGAAAAAUAUGAAAAGUAUCUGAUGUAUUCCAAAAUCAAAUUGGAAUUAUAAUUACCUGUAUAUUCUUAAUCAUAUUAUGGGUGAGGAUUUCAUCCUAUGGAAAAUAGGCCUGCUUUCUGCAGAGCUCCAAACAACAUUUGACAGGCUAGAAGUUCUUUUAUAUUCAAAAUGUCUUGGACAAACUGUGUGGAAAAUCAUAAGCAAAAAUUGUUGAUUCGGGUUAUUUAGAAGGUAACUUUCUUGCAGGAAGUGAUUUUAUUUUAUCAGUUUGUCCCUUACUUCACUUAAAAGUGGCAUUUACCGGUACUGGCUUCCAGCUAACCAGAUCUUUCCCUGCAUCAGCCUUGUUUGUAAUCUGCCAUAAUUUAAACUGUUAUAAGAUGCUGGUUCUGAACCCACCCUGUUCUGACUUCCCCACAUGAAACUGACUUGUAAGAACUAGAAUGGGGGAGAGAAUUCAGAUGGAACGUCAGUUUAUCUGCCAAUAUAUUUUAAUAGAAACACUGUCUAAAAGCAUGAUAUAGAACUGUUUGCACUUAUUAUUCAGAUUACUCAGGAUUGGGGCAAUAAAAUAGAAAUUAACGUUGGGAAAGGUUGUUUCCCAAAAAUAAAACCAACUACCUCAACAAAUUAAAAAGUUGUAAAUCAAAUUGUUCAAGAAAUACUAAUUUAUCAUACAGGCUCAGGAAGGCCCGUGCCUGUGAACCAGAAACAAUUUUCAUACUUUCAUCAUGUGAACAAUGUUUGGAGAUAAAAUAAAUGUCUUGCUAUUCCGCUUUUUAUAUAUAUAUAUUCAAUAUAUAUAUAUAUAUAUAUAUAUAUAUUCAAAAAAAGUGGAAACUUGCAUUCAUAUUAUAUUGUUGCUGCUUGUUUGACCUCUGCUGCAUUGCUCUGUAUUGCAUAACCUUUAAAUGCCCAUUUUUACGUGCAUGUAAUGGCUGCAUCCACAGGGCAUCCAGAUUGGCGUGCUCUUGGCUGGAUGCCUCCUUAAUGCACUGGCAGUAGGGCAAGGGGAGGAGAGUCUGGCUAAAUAUACGUUAUAGGUGUUUGUCUUUUAGUACAUAAGGUUCAACCAAUUUCACACUACAGAAAGAUUUUAUGCAUCAAACCUCUUAUGGAGUACUAUCCUGGUGAUUUCUUUAUGCCCCUAAGCAAUAGAUAUUUUUAAGGAGGUUCCGUUGGAAUUGGUCAAGAUGCCGCAUGGCCAAAACAUUUCUUGAAAUGGUCUGUUUUAAUGAACUUCUUUGGGUGAAGAGGAUGCUGAAGCCUGGACCUCAAAUGCUAUUUUUAGCUGAAACCUAACAGGCAGAAUUGUUUACUAUGCAAUGGGGAUGAUAACAGAGCAUUGACCUGAUAAGUAGAUUUUUUUCAGAAGGGAGUUUACACUGGUUACUCUUCUGCAUUGGGUUGAAUUCCAUCAUAUCAGAAAGGAAGUUUUGGCUGUGUCAGAUGGAGGCUUCACUUGGAGGCCACGGGAACUCCAGUGGGACAACAAGGGCUUUCCAGAACAGACCUGCAUCGCUUGCAUCUUCAGGUUGCAUAAACCCACCCUUAUUUUCAUUGCUUAAUGUUUUUGUGGACAUCAGGAAAGAAAUUUUACACUCACAUGGACCCAUGGACCCUCCCUCUUUGCUGCCUUUUGUGAGAUAGUUAGGAGAUCCUGCUGUUGUGUGAUUGAACACCCUAGAGGUUUUCAUCCAUGUCAUAUCAAAUUGCUAUGAACAAUCUUACCGAAUAUUAGUGUCACAGAUUUUAAAUACAACAGGAGGUUAACCAUAUAAUAUAGACUCUAACUGAGAUGUCAAGUGUUAGUGGGUGAGUGGGAAAUUCAUUGUGAGCUGGUGGAAAGCAUAAUGCUCAGCUUGUUAUCAAUGUGCUGAUGUGCCACUUUGAAAGGACAGCGUAAUGUAAAUGUUUACAGUUACUAUGCAUUUGAUUUUUUUUCCUUACAUUGAGGGGAUUUAAUCUUGAGGCUUCAUAGGAAUUGUUUGACCUCCCAGAUGACUUUCAUGAGUAACAAAUUCAAAUGUAGGGAUAAUAUGCACUGAGUUUGCACUGUAUUUGUAAUUAAAGCUUUUAAAAAUGCCUAGGCAGCGAUGUAAAAUUAUCCAGACUGCUCUCAAAUCCAGUGAGACAGGGUAUGUAUGAGAUUCCAGUACCGUUGAAAUUAAUGGGAGAGAUUUAUAGCACCCUCCUUGGUGAAUUAUGUCAAUUAACAAUGGCGGUGGUUGGCUGUGCCCCCUCUGAUACCUACAGCAGGAAACCAAGCCUUAAUGCUUAUAUUCAGUUCUACUGAAUUGCAGGUUAUAAAGACAGACAGACCUCAUAUCUGGAGUGUCUGCAGGGUAUGGCCAAAAAAGACGAUGGCCAUGAUGGUGGGAUCAGCGCUCCAUCUGCUUCUUACAUGUGUCAUGCGCAUACAAAAACGGAUCAAGCUUCGAUCGCACUGUCGCAGAUGCCGUCCUGAUUUUUUUGACAACACCUGCAGAUACUCCUGCCUCCUUUAAACAGUUCUUGGUAAUGGCAGUUUAUUUGUAGCUCAAGUUUUAUUUGGAAGCAUUGUAGUGCAAUAUAUUGGCAAUAUAAGCAAUAAAUUAAGCACAGCCCUCUUUAAAGAGGGGUAUUUGCAAUGCACAUUUACAUCACGUUUAUCAUGCCCAUUUUAAGCAGACUUGAACUACAAUGCUGACUUCACAACGUGAUUUUUCUGAACUUUUUUUUUUCCUGGUCUGAGGCAGCAAUAAAACAAAACGGAUGGAGAAUUCAGCCAGCUGUAUUGUACUGUAGUGGUCUGCUUUCCAGUGCCUUGUUUCUGAACGGUUUGGAGCUAUCCUGCAUAUCUUAAGCUGUUUCCAAGUUGUAGAGCAAAACACUGAAAGGAGAUCAAAAAUUAGAGUUCAUCUCCAUACUUAGAUUGUAUGGAGGCUGUACUUGUAUGAUUCUAGCUCAGCUGUUAGGGAGGAAUUGUAGAUUUAGCCCAAGGAUUUAAUAGAUACUUUCGGUAUUCAGCUUCUCUUGUUAAAGUAGCCUCAUGGUGAACUGAAAAGUCCACAGUGUUAUGAAAAUACUUCUUGACUAUACAUUGGCAAACACUGGCCCUUUGAAUUCUGUUCCCAUGUCAAUUCUUGAGGGAUUGGGGUAACAAUGAAGCUGAACAUGUGGUAGCAAUUCCCUGAGGCAUGUCCCAAAGAUCACUGUUGACAAACGUUGCAGAGCAUCCAUGGCAAUCUGUUUAAUGACGUAGAAGGGGAAGCGUUUUCAGUCGGUACUUCAUUUCACGUCCCUUUCUCACUCCCCUCACAAAGGGCUGGCACCCAGUGGUUACACGCCUCCGUAGUUUUACGUCAGGGCACUUUUUGAGCACUUUUACUCCUGUAAGUUCCCCUAUUAUUACUGCUCAGUAAUAGGGAAAGAGAAACAAUGCAAGUUCACACUUCUUAAUAUGCACAAAGUCACCUCUUGCCCAUCAUCUUGGGGAUGUAUUGGAGGACAGUUGCUAAGACCACUCAGAGUUCUUGUAAACUCUACAAAAGUGUAGCGUGUCCCUCAGCAGCUAUUGGUUAUGUUUGACAUAUUCAAGGGAACCAGACACUACGUGGGCCUAUUUUAGUCCUGAAUUGUAGAAAGUGGUUCUGUGCAGCCUGAGGCGGGACGGAGGGCUGUCUAGGCGGCCAGCUCCCUUUAGAUGGGGGCUCCCUCUAAGCGGAUUGCAAUCCAGAUGAGCUGAAUUGAGAUCCCACGGAGGGGCUGGAAGCAUCUGGUGAAGCGGGUUUUGCCUUUCAGUCAUUGGCAAGAAAGAAGGGGUGGAUGGUACCCCAGGUAAUGCCAAAUGCUGCUUUCAGGUGCCUUCUUUUCUUCAAGAAGUUUGAGAAACGCUUGGAAGGAUGGCUUGUUGAAAAGAAUGAAUUAUCAUUUGUCAUCUAUUCCCAACUAUGAAGAGAUUGUAGGGCCAAAAAUAGAAAAAAAUAUCUUUCUCAGUAAUAAUGAGGAGGGAAAGUAGGUUUUAUGAAAAUGGAAAUUUAGCCUUACAAAGCACUUAAAUACCAAUCACUGAAACCGCUUUAACUGACCUCAUAAGCAACUACAGAACGUCAGUUAACUUUUUUCUAUUCCACAUAGUCUGUGGGAGUUUAAAAUGAGGAUUGGAGCCCUCCAGAUGGGUUGGAGUUCAACUCGUAGAAGCACACAGGCGUCCAGGGCCAGCCAAGUGACAUCACAGGAGUCAAGAUAUCACUGCGCAAAUUCCACAAAUCUUACCAUUUACAUCAGUUGUAGUCGUUAUGCAUGAUGUUAUGGCUUCUGCCAGAUGCCUGCGUGUGAGGGCUGUGUUGGCUGUGCCUGCUGGGAGCUGAAGUAUAUCCAAUCUGAAGUGAAGCGUUGUAAGACCCUAGGGAGACAGACUUGAGAGUCAGGGGGAACCACAAAGAAUUAUUUCUAGAUUCUGAUCAAUACACAGUAAAAGCUGAGAAAUAAGGCAAGGGAAAAAAAGCUUGAUUUUGAAAAACUUUCCUAGCUUGCCUUUGACGGUGAUUUGCAGGUUUGAGCUUUGUGCAAAGCACAUGUUUAUCAAUAUUGUCCUUAAUAAGGAAGACAUUUGAUACCAAUGUAUAAUCACUUCACAUGCUUUUUAGAUGUCAGACUGGAUCUUAAAAUACGUUCUACCCAUAAUGAGAAGCGUGUCACUUUUUUAGCAAAAUUCUGGAGUGCUUAAAGUCUGAGUCACCCUGAUUCAGACCUCUGGAUUCUCAAAAUGCUGGGGAGACCUGCACAUGGUGCUGAAAGGAUAUUCAGAGGAGCAAGAUCCGUCAUCCGCUAAACCCAAUGAGUGUAGUAACUCUGGGUAGAAAUCAGACCAACAGCACCCGUGUCUCAUAGUCAGCAGGUAAUGGUGAAUUGUUCUAGCAGAGUCUGGGAUUUAUAGAAAAGCGACAUUGGCCUUUCCCUUGCAUUUUAGAAUAUAAAACCCCCAUUAGUGUUUCUCAAACCUUGAAUUCAACCUUCUGAUUUCCCUAUUCAAAGAAUAGAGGCUGGACUAAUAAAAUAAGUAUUCACUGAGUCUGCUGGGAUCUUGGUCAACAUCUGUGUGUACAGUACUUCAAAUUUUUUUGUAAGACUGAUGAAUGUAUGUAAAGAGCAAUUUCACUGUGUGAUUUUUUUCCCCCUUGCCUUAAUGGUGUCAAAUAAAGUAUUUCUUUAAAAAAAUAA